AUGCAGCCACUGCGCGGGGCGGGCGAGCAGAGCUGCCCGGAGCGAGAGGAGGCGGGGCCCCGCGUGAAGGAUCGAGAAGGUUCGCAGGACGUGGAUUCAUACCUGCAGAAGUGCCGACGGCGGUGCGUGGAGGCGGGGCUGGGAAACAAUACUGUGCGCCGCGCAGUCUGGGGGCACGUGGUGCUUGGCCACGACAGAGCGAAGCCGAUGCCGGCGGUGCGAGGCGCCCACUCACUGGGCAGCAGCCAGGGCCCCUCCAGUGAGACGAGUGCGGACACGCCACUGCCGGGCGACGCAGCCGCGGAGUCUGAAGCAGAGGAAGGGGACGGAGACGAUAGCAAAACGGUGGAUUCGCGGGAGCUGCCAGACAACUGCGCCUCGCGCGUCAUCCAGGUCGAUGUGCAGAGGUCGCUUUGGCAGCUCUACGGCGACGCCUCAAAGCGGGACGCGAUGCGCCGGGUGUUGGAGGACCUUUUGCAGCGUGUGCUCUCUAAUAAUACCGAGCGGCACUACUAUCAGGGAUUGCACGAGCUCGUGGGCUUCGUCAUGUAUGUCACGGAGGGAGCCUCCAUGAAUGUCGUGUUUGCCGUCUGCGAGCGACUGCUGCAGGUGCAAUGGAGAUCGUUUAGUGACAAGGAGCUCAGGCAAUCGGAGUCGAUGCUCUACGCGGUGCAUGCGCUGCUGGCAGAGGAGGACACGGAGCUUGCGACCACGUUAGAGGCCUGCGGCGUCGCCCCCGAAUCGCACUACGCCGUGGGUUGGAUCAUCACCUGGUAUACGCACGUUUGCGAGGAAAACAGGGUUCUCGCCCGUCUGUUUGAUUUUCUUCUGGCGCACGCAGACGAGAACACCGUCGUGUUCUUCACCGCCGCCCUGCUGCUGCACGAGAGGGAACGCAUCAUGGGGUACGUCCGAGAGGCGCGCGACGCCGCCGCGGAGUACGAGGACAACCUGAUGGUCAUGGCCAGCGUGUACAAGAAGCUGACGCGACUCCCGAAGGACGUUUUAACCAUGAAAAAUUCUGCGGCCGUUGAGGAAAUCUUGAGCGGAACUCUUGCGCUUCACAAGAAGCAUUCAACGUGCGUUCAACAGGCGCGGGAGAGGUUUCUUCACGGUGGCGUGAAUAAACACGGGAUGCUGACAGACAAACGCACCCGAAACUCGGCGCUGAAGUUGCUCUGGUCUCUCCUGUUCCGUGAGUGGCGCCGGCCGUGGAAGGAUAGCCGCAUCUCAGGGCCUUUGAUGGGCGCCGUACUACUCGCUGUGGCCGCCAUGGCACUGAGCGCGACAAAUUCUGCUUUCGUUCAACGACUCUUGCACGGGUAUUUUCCUCUCGGCGAGUGA